UUGAACAACAUGGGUUUGAAUGGUGUGGGCCCAUUUACAUGCAGAUUUUUUCCAAUAAACAAUUGGAAAAAUUUUGGGAAUUUUACAACAAUUUGAAAAACUCAUGGAUGAACUGUGUAGCUUAGAAAUAUUUGUAAAAAAUUAGGUAUGCCAUGAAUGCAUAAAAUAUAUAUAGAUAUUAGUCUAUUUUAAUACCAUAGAAAAUGGUCUUGGUCUAGUUAAGUCAUGAAAUAUAUACAGAUCUAUUAUUAAAAGUUAAAAUUUGUUAAAACUUAUGUGUGGAAACAGUUAUAGAUCACACAUGAUGCCAUAUAGAGUGGAGAGAAAUUAAACAAAUGUAAAGAUAUAGUAUUAAAUCAUACCUGCAUAAAAUCGACUGCAAUGUAUAUCAUACCACUGUAAUAAUUUUGCAGUUACCCAUUCAAGCAUUUCAAGAAGCACUUAAAAUGCUCUGUGGCACUAAUCAUCUUGGGAGCAGUUUGUCUCUUCAGCAAAUUGAACGUUACAGUAAAAAGAGAUCUCUUGCAGUUCUUACGUAUGUUUCACUAUAUUUAGUGCAGCACCGUAAAGCUUAGAUAACACUGUGGGACCCGAACCGAGGGCCACUGGUGGUGCUGGAAGGCUCCUGAGAAACAGAGAAAAGUCACGACAUUCAACGAGACUGAGUUGAAUUGCUUGGUCUGUACUGUAGUUUGAUGUCUGCAGCUGUGGUUGCCCACCAUUUCAAGAUAAAUAAAUCCAGUGGAAGGACUGUUGUUAAAAAAGAAAAGGAAAUCCAUGAAUCCUUCACAGCAGCUAUACCAGCAGGCAUGAAAACCUUACACUUUUUGUGAAUUAACUUUUUACCUUGUAUUGAAAAUGCAGCGUUUAUGUGGGUGUUGGAUUGCUCUAUGAAAGAUGUAUCUGUAGACUCUAAUAUGAUUUAAGGAAAAAUAAAAUUAUAUGACAACUUAAAGCAAAAGGAAGGUAAAGGAUUUAAAGCUAGAGAAUUUAAUGCUAGCAAAGUAAGGCUUAAUAAUUUUAGAAAGAGUUUCGGCUUAAAAAAUGUCAACAGGAGAAGCAGCUUCUGCUGUCCAGACACCGUUAAGAAAAUUACUGAGGAGAAAGGAUGUCUGUCUGAACAGGUUUUUAAUGCAGAUGAAAAUGUCCUUUUUUAGAAAAGAAUGCCACAAAAGACAUUUAUAAGUAGGGAAGAAAAUGAGCACCAGGAUUUAAGAUAGGAAGGAAUAAGGUAACUGUAUAGUUCUGUGCAAAUGCAGUUGGGUUUAUGAUCAGGACUGACCAGCUGCCAGGCUUUUGGCUGUACAAGAAGACAUGGAUAGUGAGAACACUUAUUGGGGACUUGUUUCAUCGAUGCUUUAUCUCUGAAGUCAAGAAGUACCUUGCCAGUAAGGAACUGCCUUUUAAAGUUCUGUUGGUAUUGGACAAUGUCCCUGGCCACCCAGACACUCUUGAGUUCUACAGUGAGUGCCUUGAAAUGGUCUCCUUGACCCUGAGCACAUUGUCUGUGCUUCAGUCUAGAUUAGGGGUCACAGGACCUAUAAGGUCCACAUGGUGCUCUAUGGAAAAGAUUGUCAACAUUGUGGAAGUAGGAUUCUCAUAGAACAUCAUGAGUCUGGAAGGAUCACACCAUUGAAGAGGCCGUUGUUUCAGAAAAAGCCAUGAAAGGCAUCAAACUUGAAACAAUAAUUUCCUGCUGAAGAAAACUAUGUCCAGAUGUUGUUCAGGGCUCCACAGGAUUUAUGACGGAGCCAAUCAAGGAGACUAUAAAGGAGCUUGUGAAUAUGGCAAAAAAGGGGUGUGUGCGCGCGCGUGUGUGUGUGUGUGUGUGUAGAAUGGUGAAGGGUUUUAAGACACAGGUCUUGAAGAAGAAAAUCUGAUGUAGAUGAAUGCUUCUGAACCCUGCCAGAAGAUGAAGAAGAAGACAUAAAAGAGCAGUACCAGAAAACAACCGGAUGUUAGAAAAUCUGGCAGAAGGGUUCCUAUGAUUCAAGACUGCUUUUGAUUCCUUUUACAGCAUGGACCUUUCUGUGAGGUGGGCACUGAAUCUAAGCAAACAGUGGAGAAGGAUUGGUCCUAUAUAGGAGCAUUUUUAGAGCAAUGAGAAAACAAAGAAGCCAGACAGAAAUUACAGUGUGUUUCUGUAAAGUUACACUGAGUGUGCCUGCCUGUUCUCCCUCCCCUUCCACCUCUGUGACCCCUGAGACAACAGAGCCACCCUUCCUUCUUUUCCUCCUCCUCAUCUGACUCAAAAACUUUCAUGAUGAUCCAUUUCCACGUAAUGACUAGUAAAUAAUCAUCCUGCUGUACAGUUAAUAAACUUUUCUGUUGUGUAUGUGUGUGUCUUCAUGUGAAAAUACACCUACGCUUGCUCUCAGCCAAAAGGCCAAGAAGCAAUUCAUGUGGAAAUAUACUGACUGUAUGGCAGGAACUGUGUGGGGCGUUUUUGCAUCAUCAUCACUGUGUCUUACUUUUGAGGAGAGGGAUAUCAUUGAAAGAGCCUUCCGUCAAGGUCAGAUUCGGGUCUUGGCAGCAACUUCCACUCUUUCGUCCGGGGUGAAUUUGCCUGCACGUCGUGUAAUUAUUCGGACUCCUGUUUUCAGCGGUCGGCCUCUAGAUGUUCUUACCUAUAAGCAGAUGGUUGGUCGUGCUGGUAGGAAAGGAGUGGACACAGUAGGUGAGAGUAUCUUGAUUUGUAAGAACUCUGAGAAAUCAAAAGGCAUAGCUUUACUUCAGGGAUCUCUAAAACCUGUUCGCAGCUGUCUUCGAAAACGAGAAGGAGAAGAAGUAACUGCGAGCAUGAUAAGAGCUAUUCUGGAGAUAAUAGUUGGUGGAGUGGCGAGUACAUCACAAGAUAUGCAGACUUAUGCUUCCUGCACAUUUUUGGCUGCAAGCAUGAGAGAAGGAAAGCAGGGAAUUCAGAAAAAUCAAGAUCCUGAUCAACUAGGAGCGAUUGAGGGUUGUGUAAUGUGGCUGCUAGAAAAUGAAUUCAUCCAGACUACGGAAGCUAGUGAUGGAACAGAAGGAAAGGUGUAUCAUCCAACACAUCUUGGUUCGGCAACUCUUUCUUCCUCACUUUCCCCAACUGAUACUUUAGAUAUUUUUGCUGACCUCCAAAGAGCAAUGAAGGGCUUUGUUUUAGAGAAUGAUCUGCAUAUUGUCUAUCUGGUUACACCUAUGUUUGAGGAUUGGACUACCAUUGAUUGGUAUCGAUUCUUCUGUUUAUGGGAGAAGCUGCCAACCUCCAUGAAACGGGUGGCAGAGCUAGUGGGAGUUGAAGAAGGCUUCUUGGCUCGAUGUGUGAAGGGAAAAGUAGUGGCCAGAACUGAGAGACAACACCGACAAAUGGCCAUCCAUAAAAGGUUUUUUACCAGUCUUGUGUUAUUAGAUUUAAUCAGCGAAGUUCCCUUAAAGGAAAUUAAUCAGAAAUUUGGAUGCAGUCGUGGGCAGCUUCAAUCUUUACAACAGUCAGCUGCUGUUUAUGCAGGGAUGAUUACAGUAUUUUCCAACCGCCUGGGCUGGCACAACAUGGAACUACUACUUUCCCAAUUUCAGAAGCGUCUUACAUUUGGCAUCCAGAGGGAGCUGUGUGACCUUGUUCGGGUGUCCUUGCUUAAUGCCCAGGGAGCCAGAUGCCUUUAUACUUCUGGCUUUCUUACUGUGGCAGAUCUUGCCAGAGCAAAUAUUGCUGAAGUGGAGGCUGUUCUGAAAAAUGCUGUGCCUUUUAAAAGCUCCCGAAAGGCAGUGGAUGAGGAAGAAGAAGCAGUUGAAGAACGUCGGAAUAUGCGAACUGUUUGGGUGACUGGCAGAAGAGGUUUAACUGAAAGGGAAGCAGCAGCCCUUAUAGUGGAAGAAGCCAAAAUUAUUCUAAAGCAGGACUUAGCUGAAAUGGGAGUGCAGUGGAAUCCAUAUCCCCACUUGGAUUCUGAUACACACUCAUUGACCAGCAGUGAAUCAGAAGUAAAGGAGCAUAAAUUUAUACAUCACACUAAGAGUUCUUGUGAAAGAUUAACAUCAAAGAAAAAAAGUAAAACAAUACUCAGUGAUUCUUCGGUUAAGGAGUCACCAAAUAAAAUGCAAGAUUUAGGUAAUCAAGAAUGUGAGAUACAUUCAAUUUCCAGAGCAAGAAAAAGGGCUUAUUUGAAUAUAAGUAAAGGGAAGCUAGAAACCUCUUUGAAUGAAGGAAAAACAAGAACUAAGAAAGCUUUUCAGACUUUCUUAUCUGAGAAAACAAAAACAGAAGCUGUGAAUUUCAGUUCCGAAAAGAUGAGAACAAGCUUUCGAUCAUGGAAAUAUAGAAAGCAUCUCAAACAAUCCAGAGAUAGUAGCCCUGUGAAAGGCACUGAGAUGUGUAAAACUGAUUUACAAAAACAGACCAAGUCUGAUCAUGUUUGUGAAGAUUCAUUUACCUCAGAUGAUAAGAAUUUGAAAUUUAGAAAUCCAGGACCAUUUGCUAAAAACACAUCUUUUUGUGCUGAAGGAAAGCAUAACAAAGUAUCAUUCCCAUCACAAACAGAACAAAGUUGUUCAAGGAAUGAAACAAAAACUAAUGAUAUUCCUGUAGAACGUAUUAUCACAGGACCCCAGAGUAAAAAAGGGACUUGUGAAGCCACCAGUGUGGUUAGUGAAAGUGGAAGAGGAUUAGCUGUUACUGAGUCAGAAGAAAUAGACCAAGUACUGGUACAAUGUGAUUCAAAUAACCAAAAUGUUUAUGUUAAACUCCAUGAUACCCAUCCAGUUAACCAGUGUCCCAAGAAGCAGUCUGAUAAACAGACAACUAACUAUACCAAACAGAAACAAAUAAUAGAGAAACAAAUGCCUUGUGAUACAGUCAGUUAUUAUAUGAAUACAGACUCAAAUGCUAUUAGCAAAUGUAGAAGUAUAAAGUUUAAUGUGGAGGAAAAGAAAUCAAAUAAUCUUCAGGUAUCUGGAGAUAAUAUAAGCAGCACUGAGAUACCCAGUGGAGUACCUCUACCAGCUGGAGCAUCUGAUGAAUCUGGAGGCCAGCGGGAGGAUGUUUUAAAUACCUCUAGAAUACAAGAAAAAACAGAUGCUUAUGCAGCAAACAAAUCUAAAACUAAUUGUGUUUCUGAUUUAGGGUUAGUUCCUUGUGAUUUUGAAGAGAGUUUCUACCUGGAUACUCAGUCUGAGAUAGUUAUACAACAGAUGGCAGCUGAAAAUGCCAAACAAGGAACAAAGGACACCAACCUGGUAACAGAGAUGAUGCAGAAGAGUCUAGACAAACAGGGCUCGAGCUCUUUUCAGAAUGAGAUUCACAUUACCUCUCCCAGUGAACAACAUUCUCCAGGAGUGAUAAAUAUAGAUCAUUUGGAACCAAAGGCUGUAGAUACUAUGAAACAAAGCCCUGGUUCCCAUGAGGUUGAUAUGGUGACUCCAGAAAGCCCACUUCUCCAUUCUCCAAUAUUAUUGAGGGAAAAUGGCCCUUGCUUUAAAGGGAAUGAAUUUUCUGUUACUGACUCCCAAUUAAAUAGUUUUCUUAAAGGUUAUCAAACACAAGAAGCUAUGAAACCAGUUAUAUCUCUGGUCCCUCAAAAGAGAACUCCCACAGAUAUAAAAGUAGAAUGUCUGCCAGUUCCUGACACAAGUUGGAAUUUGAGUAAUAGUUUACUCUUUGAUAGUUUCAGUGAAGACUCCCUAGUAAAAGAACAGCCACCUGAUGCAGGAGCAGAAGAACCCCUGCCUUCUGAAGUAAUGUCAAGCCAUUUCAGUGAUUCUCUGUGUCUACAUCCAGAGGGCCCAAUUAAAUCAAAUAUGGAUGAAAAUCAGGAUAAUCAACAGCAGUUGAUUUGUUUCAGUGAUGAGUCUAUUUUAUUCUCAGAAAUGGACUCUGCUCAGAUGGUUGAAGCUUUGGACAAUGUAGAUAUAUUUCCUGUCCAAGAUAAACAUAAUACUACAGUAUCUUUUAAAGCAUUAGAACUAAGUGAUCCAGUUGGUAAUGAUUAUCCCCAAGGAGAUGUAACUGGAAGAGAUAAAGAUGAAAAUCCUCAAAAAUCUAAAUUAACUCAGACAGGGCAGAAUAAUUCAUUCACAUGGUCUGGAGCAUCAUUUGAUUUAAGUCCAGGACUGCAAGAGAUUUUAGAUAAAGUGUCCAGUCCUCUAGAAAAUGCAAAGCUAAAGUUAACAUCUAUAAACUUGUCUAGUUUGAAAGGAAAAAAUACAAAAUUAAAUGACAAAGAAGAAGUGAUUUCAAAUUUGGAGCCAAAUCGAGUGCAGGGAACUUCAUUCUCUCCUAAUAUUGAAGUAAAAAGCAAGAUUGAGGCACCAGAGAACAAUGCUGUUCAUGGUGAAACCCUAUCCCUCUUGCCUUGUAAAGAAAGUUGUGCAGUUGAUGAUAAUGGACCCAUUCCUCCUACACCGACUCCAGCAUCUGCUUCUAAGCUGUCAUUUCCAGGUAUUCUUGGAACAUCCUCUGUAAAACUUCAGAAAACUAGUAGUGUUUUACAUCUUGGUGAAAGUUAUUCAUUUAGCUCACCAUCAGAUAUUAACAACCACGAUUUAAGUCCAGAGAACAAAAAUAAUGUAAAAGACAAUAGUCCUAUUAGAAACACAAGUUUUUCACUGCUGUUAUCGCAAGAUGGGUCCCAGUUAACUCCAACAUCAUGCAGUGCAGAAAGCUUGGCUAUAAUUGAUGUAGCAAGUGACCAAACUGUCUUUCAAACAUUCAUUAAGGAGUUGCAGUGCAAAAAGCGAUUUUCCAUCUCACUGGCUUGUGAAAAGAAGAGUAAUUUGACAUCUUCUGAAAGUGUUACUAUUGGCGGUAGGUUUAAGCAAGUUAGGCCACCUCAGGAAACUCUUACUAGAGAUGACGGAUUGCCUGUUAAAAGUUGUAAUGACAUCCUGGUGAUUGGACUGGCUGUGUGCUGGGGUGGAAGAGAAGCCUAUUAUAUUUCAUUGCAGAGGGAACAAAAGCAUUCUGAAAUUAGUGCUAAUUUGGCCCCACCUUCUCUGGAUCCAAACCUGACUGUGAAGGACAGAAUGUGGCACCUUCAAUCCUGCUUUCCAAAGGAACCUGAUAAGGAACGUACUGUUAUCAUCUAUGACUUCAUCCAGAGCUAUAAAAUUCUUCUUCUGUCUUGUGGUAUCUCCCUGGAACAAAGUUAUGAAGAUCCUAAGGUGGCAUGCUGGUUAUUAGAUCCAGAUUCUAAGGAGCCAACUCUUCACAGCAUAGUUGCCAGUUUUCUUCCUCAUGAGCUUCCACUCCUGGAAGGGAUAGAGAUGGGCCAAGGAAUUCAAAGCCUGGGACUGAACGUCAACACCAAGCAUUCUGGACGAUACAGAGCAUCGGUAGAGUCCAUUCUCAUCUUCAACUCCAUGAACCAACUCAAUUCUUUGUUGAAGAAGGAAAACCUUUAUGAUGUUUUAUGCAAAGUGGAAAUGCCCUGUCAGUACUGCUUGGCCUUGCUAGAACUAAAUGGAAUCGGCUUUAGUACCACAGAAUGUGAAAGGCAGAAACACAUAAUGCAAGCCACACUGGAUGCCAUCGAGACUCAGGCCUACCAGCUAGCCAGCCGCAGCUUUUCCUUCACCAGUUCAGAUGACAUUGCUGAGGUUUUAUUUUUGGAAUUGAAGUUGCCACCAAACGGAGAGAUAAAAAACCAAGACGGCAAGAAAAUUUGGGGUUCUACCAGAAGAAGGAAUGACAAUGGAUGCAAGCUAAGGCUGGGAAAAUUGUUCAGCACUAGUAAGGAUGUUUUAAGUAAGUUAAAGGCAUUACAUCCUUUGCCAGGCUUGAUAUUAGAGUGGAGAAGAAUCGCUCACACCGUCACCAAAGUGGUCUUUCCCCUGCAGCGGGAAAGGCGUCUGCAUCCUGUUCUUGGCAUGGAAAGAGUCCACCCUGUCUCACAGUCACACACCGCUACAGGACGAAUAACCUUUACAGAACCAAAUAUUCAGAGUGUACCAAGAGAUUUUGAGAUCCAAAUGCCAACACUAGUAGGAGAAAACCCACCUUCGCAAGCCCAAGGCCAAGGCCUACUUCCCAUGGGCAGAGAAGAAAAUAAGAAGGGCUGUGGCCUGAACCCUGGGCACCAGACACAGAUGGAGCAGAGGACCCCAGACAGAGGAGUGCCGUUGUCGGUCAGUGUGCGGCACGCCUUUGUGCCUUUCCCAGGUGGUAUAAUAUUAGCUGCUGAUUACUCUCAACUUGAACUGAGGAUCUUGGCUCAUCUAUCCCACGAUACUCGUCUCAUUCAAGUUUUAAAUGCUGGAGCUGAUGUUUUCAGGAGUAUUGCAGCUGAAUGGAAGAUGAUUGAGCCAGAGUCUGUUGGGGACGACCUGAGGCAGCAAGCAAAGCAGAUUUGCUAUGGAAUCAUUUAUGGAAUGGGAGCAAAAUCUUUGGGAGAGCAGAUGGGCGUUAAAGAGAACGAUGCUGCUUGCUACAUCGAGUCCUUCAGAUCCAGAUACACCGGGAUUAAUCAUUUUGUGAAAGAGACAGUGAAGAAUUGUGAAAGAGAUGGGUUUGUUCAGACUAUUUUGGGAAGGCGGAGAUAUUUACCAGGAAUCAAAGACAACGACCCCUAUCAUAAAGCUCAUGCUGAGCGUCAGGCUAUCAAUACAACAGUCCAAGGUUCGGCAGCUGAUAUUGUCAAAAUAGCCACAGUUAACAUUCAGAAGCAGUUAGAGACCUUCCCCUCAACCUUCAAAUCCCACGGUCAUCGGGAAAGUGUGCUUCAAAGUGACAGAACAGGAGGGUUGUCACCAAAGAGAGGACUGCCAGAGGUCUUCGGCCCUGUCAGAGGUGGCUUCUUCAUUCUUCAGCUCCAUGAUGAACUCUUAUAUGAAGUGGCGGAAGAGGAUGUUGUUCAGGUUGCUCAGAUUGUCAAGAAUGAAAUGGAAAAUGCCAUAAAACUUUCUGUGAAACUGAAAGUGAAAGUGAAAAUAGGUGGCAGCUGGGGAGCACUGAAGGACUUCGAUGUGUAAAUUAUACAGUCGAUUAAGGCCUAAAAGCCUUGUGUGGGUGCAAUUACAUGGGAAGAAUAGAGAUUACCCUUUCGCCUACUUCACGAAGGCAGAAACCAUCAGGUCUUAACAGACCUAGGAUUGUAAUUUAUAGUAGGAGUUUCAAAAUGUAUAUAUAUGAGUUUAUUCUCUAUAGUGUAAAAAAUCUUUUUUGAGGUAAAAUACCAAGCUUAAUUAUUAUAUUCCCUCUCAAAGAGUAUUUAUGGAAGCCUUUCAUAGCUCACUGUGGCUCUAAACAGGUUCAGCAUGCAUCCUUGAAAUAUGCACUUAGCACGCUGGGUCCUCACCUGUCUGGACCGAGCACUCGAAAAAGGGAACAGUUGCCUCGGAGGCAUUUUCAGCCCCUUCCAGGGUCCAACAGGAGCCACUGACGGAUAAGGAUUUCAUUUCAUAUACCUCACCAGGGUUAGGCCUCGUGUGUGAGUUUUCACCAAUAUCAACUUAAGACUACUGACGUAGUAUUCUUAAAUAGCUUUGGCUAAUAAAUUAUGAAUACUGUGAAGUGGUAAGUCUUGAUAUGGAUGUAGUCAAGGAAUGGAUUUUCAUGCAGUGUUGUUUAUGCUUCCUUUCUCCCCAGUUCAUGCAAUGAAUGUAUUUACAAUACUUAGGUAUUAUAAAAUAGGCUACACCUCUUGAAGAGGGAUCCUGUUCUGUAAGAUCAGGUGUUUAUACUGCAGUUUAAUAUAAUACUUCCAGAGAAGGAAACACCCUCUUAUCGGUCCCUCCAUGCCUCUAUGUUUGUGGCAUGGUGAGAAUACCCACCCACAAAAGAUUGUACUUCAAUAAUCCCUGUAUACGUGACCUUUUAACUGUCAAAAUAAAAUGUAUUUAUGAGAAACCUUC